GAUCAGCUGAGCCACUUUCGGAGUUGUCUGUGUGGAAGCAGGUUGAAUGCACUUCUUUCAUCCUUUCAUCGUCUUCAUUCUCUUCAGGAUUUGACUUUACUUGCACUCCGUUUGGACCGCACGAUGUGGAUCCAGGUCCGUCUCAUGGACGGCAGCAAGUCUGCUCGGUUUGAUGGGCUUAGCAAGCUGACUAAGAUUGAGCAACUUAGGGAGAAAAUCGCUGAAGAAUUUGAAGUGGAGACUGAGCGGCAGCGUUUGUUCUACCGUGGAAAGCAGCUGGAAGAUGGCCAUACACUGUUCGACUACAGCGUCGGCUUGAACGAGAUCAUCCAGCUGAUGAUCCGCAAAGUGCUGCCUGUAGCGACACUGGCAUCGCCCUCCAAUGGCGACUCGUCCACAAGCGACGAGGUCAAGGACGAGCCAAUGGAUGCAGCAGGCGAGGAAGCAAAGGAGGAGGAAAUCGAAGGUGCCAUGUUCAAGGUUGGUGAUCAGGUCGACGCACGCGAUCUGCGCUGUGGAGCGUGGUUCGAAGCGAAAAUCCAGCGUGUCACCCGCGGCAAUGGCCAAUCGACCGCAUCGCAAGGCGAAACGUCGUCGGAUUCUAGUUCAACGACGGAGUCCGCCGCCACGGCUAACGGUGGUGACAGUGCCGACAUCUUUUACCAUGUACACUUCGACGGCUACGAUGACCAUGAAGUUGCAGCGCUAUCGUUAGAUAAUGUUCGACCGAAAGCGGCCAGAUCGGUGGACAUCGCUAAUCUUAAAGUUGGCGAGCGGUACAUGGUGAACUACAACAGUGAUACGCCGAAGGAUCGUGGCGAGUGGUACGACGCAGAAGUCAUCAGCAAGGAUGCCGCAGCAAAGCGUGUUGUUGUCCGACUGCUUCUAGGGAACGGCGUCGAAGGCGAAGAAGUACAGCUCGUUCACUUGGAUAUUUUCCAGAUCGAGAAGAACGGAGAAUCAGCCAACGGCGAUGGUGACAAAAGAAAUAAUGCUCCCGACUGCCGAUGGUGCAAGGAUGUUCCGACGCGCAAGUGCAAGCAUUGCGCAUGUGCCGAGUGCGGUGGUAAAGACGCGCCGGACAAACAGAUAUUGUGUGAUGAGUGUGACAGCGCUUUCCACUUGUGGUGCUUGAACCCGCCAUUGGAGGAGCUGCCAGAGGAAGAAGAAUGGUAUUGUCCCGACUGCAAGAAUGAUGAGAACGAGGUGAUCAAAGCCGGUGAAAAAAUGCGUGUCAGUAAGAAGAAGUCAAAGAUGGCUUCUAAUCAGGGCUCAUGCACGCGCGACUGGGGCAAGGGCAUGGCAUGCGUUGGUCGCACCAAAGUCUGCACCAUUGUACCGCCCAAUCACUUCGGCUCCAUACCAGGCGUGCCCGUCGGGUCGCUGUGGCGCUUCAGAGUCCAGGUCAGUGAAGCAGGUGUCCAUCGGCCACACGUAUCUGGUAUUGCAGGCCGCUCCGAGGAGGGAGCAUUCUCGCUGGUGCUCGCCGGUGGCUAUGAAGACGACAAGGAUGAUGGUGUCGAGUUCUUCUACACUGGCAGUGGUGGCCGUGACUUGUCCGGUAACAAGAGAGAAGCAAAGCAGAGCUCUGACCAGCAGCUGACCCUCAUGAACAAAGCCCUUGCCAAGAACUGUGAUGCUACUGUCAACGACAAGAGCGGUGGCUCAGCAAAGGACUGGAAGAAGGGCAGGCCAGUCCGCGUUGUUCGCAGCGCGAAGGGCAAGAAGCACUCAAAGUACGCGCCGGACGAAGGCUGCCGCUAUGACGGCCUCUACAAGAUCGUCAAGUACUGGCCGGAGAAGGGCGCAGCUGGCUUCAAAGUCUGGCGCUACCUGCUCCGCCGUGAUGACCCGUCUCCAGCACCGUGGACCACGGAAGGCAAGAAGAACAUCAAGAAGCUUGGCUUGACGCUGCAGUACCCCGAGGGUUAUUUGGAGAGCCAAGCGCAGAAGGAGCAGGAGAAGGAAGCCAAGAAGAAGCGCAAACGUUCUGAAGCCGCUGCUGGGGACGAUGAAGAAAAGUCAGCCACGCCUGCCAAGAAGAAGAAGAAGGUGGCCGAGUCCGCAGCCGCAGCAACCAAGACGACGACACCCAGCAAGACGUCUCCCAGUAAGACCUCCGGACCCGUCUACCAUCUUGAGAAAGAAGAGCGCGAUCUGAUCAAGAAGGAUGCGACGAACAAGAAGCUGUGGGACGGUUUGCUGAAGGGCAAGGAAGAGGACCUGUUGAAGCGUGUUGAGGAGGCGUUCAUGUGCAUCUGCUGUCAGGACCUGGUGUAUAUGCCGGUCACCACUGUAUGCAAACAUAGCGUCUGCAAGUCAUGCUUGCAACGCUCAUUCAAAGCGGAAGUCUACUGCUGCCCUGCAUGUCGCGGGGACUUGGACCGCAAGAUGUCGCUGGCCGUCAAUGGAGAGCUGUCCACGGUACUCACGUCCCUAUUCCCCGGCUACGGAGCGGGUCGGUAACUGGUGCUCUCAACUCUUCUCCGACUGGACAGCUUGUUUUUAUGCUUCAACUUUUUAUCCAUCUCUUGUUUUACCCGUUGCACCAAAUCUUCUUACACGUAGCAUGAGUUGCGGGUAGCGCUCUUGGCUCAUGCUUUUGAUUUUUACUCCUCUCACCGCUUAGCAAGACCCGUGACAAGACUGACUAGUGGAUAUAUGCAAGUCUCAUCCACAUUUUACGUGAUAAUACUCCUCUAGGACUAAUAAUGGAUUUGUCUUCUCUCCCUCUCUCUUGUGCUGAGAUAUCAACCGUUUCCAAGUAGAUAUGUGUUUUGUGUUCUUUUUCGUCCUUUGUUUGAAAGUUUUUCUUCUUCUUACUUUUUGGUGAUCUUCUGACAGAGUUAGAGGGUAGGUAGGAUGUCGUUCGUAUUGUUUCAUUGUGAUAUUCGGAACUGUGGUUGAAAUUCAUCAUUGCUUGUGCAGCAUUGUGCCGGCGGUAGCUUCUUGAUCUGCUGUUGUUUUUAGAAUUUUGAGGUGGUCUGUGUGCCCUCCUCAUAUCAAUAUCUCUGUGUAUGUGUACAUGCUGCAGGCUACUGUCCCAUGCAAACAAUGCAUAUUCAUCUGCGUCCUCCUGUGUUCAUGGCAAUAAUCAUUGAUUGUCGUUUA